GUUUUUAGAAACGGAAACAACAGACGAACAACUGUCAAAAUUGCAGAUAGAGGCAUUUACUGGAUGUGACAAUUAGUUGCGGUUCGUACUGGCCGGGACUUGUCAUCUGUCACAUGUGUAGAUCGAGUGCACACACUAUAGGGUACUGCUGGGGUUUACCGAAGGGCUAGGAAACGGCGUUGUCUAAGAGUACUUGAGAGUGAUCAAAACGCUCGGAGAUGAUGUCACUGAGGGGGCUGUGAAGCUGGAGAAGCGUGCGAGGCACUGUACUGAGGAUUGAUACAGCAGGCCUCAUCAGGCUGCGGGGAGAGUUCUGCCUGUUUCUAAGUUGGGACCUGAUCACAGUGUCAAGACAGUGUGUUCUCCUGCAACUUUCCUGGAGCCGGCUUGGAGCACACCAGUUGGAGACGCUUUGUGUCGGGACUUAUAGCAGCAACAGCUAGUGGAUCUAAUGCUCCUGGAACGAGAAGAAGACAAUAGUGUGUAAUUUUGUGUGUAACCUGCUCACACUUGUUCCAACAUGGCCGCUUUCAUUGCCAAACAGAUGGUUGGUAACCAACUAAAAUCUGUAAAAGGUGCUAUGGGUGACAAAGACGGCGAGGGGGGAGACCCUGCUGCUGAGGAUGGACCUAACUCAGAGGAACAGAACGAGAUAGAGGAAGCGCGUCGGGAGGCAGAGGAGAAACGGAAGGAAAAACAUAGGAAGAUGGAAGAAGAAAGAGAAGAUAUUCGACAAGGCAUUCGGGAUAAGUACGGCAUCAAGAAGAAGGAGCCAGAAGUAGACCCUGCGUCACUCCUACAGGAAGAUGCAGAUGGUCGACUAGGGAGGAAGAAAAAGACACCAGCAGAACUCGCAGCUGAAGCAAAUGCAGACUCGGAAGAUGAAGAUGAAUUUACAAUGCCAAAAAGUCUUGAUGAAUUGAAAUCGAAAGUGGUCACUAGUGUUGGGGAAGUAACUGAAAAGUGUUCUCUACAGUGAGAUAGGCUUGCUUUCUUAUUGAUUUGGCAGCAUGGAGAACAAGACGGAUGUGACUGCGGUCGUUAGGGACCUGUACGGUCGUUAGGGACCUGUUAGACUUAUGCAUUAAUGGUGUGAGCGCGAGACAUGUAGGGCAUUGUGGUCCGACAGGGAUUCUGACGUCAGCGCUAUUGUUGUCACCAAUACUUAAGGAAAGAUAACUCUAUUUCAUCAUCUAAAAAAUUGUUAUAUAUUAUAAUAGUUCUAUGCGACUUGGUGAAUUUAGAAGAUUGAAAUUAAGAUGAUAAAAAAUAAGAAUUUAUAAUAAUUAUAGGGACGUUUCUGAUUUUUUCAGCUUAAGGAGUUUCUGUAUGUCUGUUCAAUUUGUCCUCAAGAGAAUUUCGGAAGAUGCACUGGUAUUUAGAAAUGAAAUAUGUUUUGUAAGUGAUACAAUAUUGAUGGCAACAAUAUCCCUGUGCUGGAAAACGAGACAGUUUAGAGAUUUCAGUUUUAAUGAUUUUGUAUAAUUAUAUGAUAUACAUGUACAUGCAAUACACAGACCUAGUUUGUCUUUGUAUAGUAGAAGUUUCCAGUUCGUUAAGGGGCUAGGCCCUGUGUAGUAUUAUUCUCAGGGCAUCGCCCUAGUUAGAAAGAAUGCCAAGGGUAUUGCCUCAUUUUGAAGUAGUGAGCUUGGGUAACUUCCCUUGUCUGUAGUAACCAUGAGGUUAUGUUCAGUGAACUGGAGGAUGUUGACAAUGUCUUGAGUGAGCUUUGGGGUGUUGACAACCUCCACAGUGAACUGGAGGAUGUUGAUAAUGUCUUGAGUGAUCUUCAGGAUGGUGACAACAUCCAUAGUGAACUGCAGUAUGUUGGCAAUUUAUUUAGUGAGCUUCAGGAUGAUGACAUCCUCCAUAGUGAACUGGAGGAUGUUGACAGUGUCUUGAGUGAGCUUUGUGGUGUUGACAACCUCCACAGUGAACUGGAGGAUGUUGACAAUGUCUUGAGUGAGCUUUGGGAUGGUGACAACCUCCAUAGUGACCUACGGGAUGCUGACAACAUUUAGUUAGUUGUGGGAUGCUGACAAUUCCAUGAGUGAGCUUCUGGUUGUUGACAACCUCUGUGGUGAGCUUCAUGUUGUUGACCAGCCUCUUAAUUAUGGGAUGUUCACAAUGCCUCGAGUGAGCUUUGAGUUGUUGACAACCGCUAUAGUGAUCAAGUUGUGGAAUGACAACACUUUCAGUGAGCUUCAAGGUGUUGACAACAUCUUGAUUAAGCUUUGGAAUCAUAUAGAGCGAGAUAAAGAAUGUUGACAAUCUCUAGUGAGCUGCAGGGUGUUGAAGACAUCUCAAGUGAACUUCAGGAGGCAUGUUGACAACACCUCAAAGAUGUUGGCAAUAUUGAGUGAGCUCUGGGCCGUUGACAUCUCCUUGUGAGCUUGUACAACUCAUGUAAGAGUAGGAUAUUCCAAUUGAUCUCUUGAUAUUUAGACAAAUAUAACAUUUUUAUUGUACAUUUGUAUAUUCAAUUACUAAGAAAAUCAUAUAGUGUUUAUGCUUUUUCUUUAGGUUUUGUAUAAAUGAUUUCAGAUAAAGUGAUUUUAAAAUAAUAAAAAAAAAGAAAUUUUGAUUUGUUUUGAAUUGGAAUGUUAGAAAUUAUCAUAAAGGAAUUCAAAGCCACAUUUUGAGAGAAUUUCUAGUACAAAUGUUUGAAAAAAUAAACGGGUUCUAAACAAAUGAAUCAUGAACAAUUCACCUGAUAAUUAUCGGAUAUUUAUUCUGCACACCAUUUUACAUACUCAGUGCCUAGUUUUUCUGCUGUAGCGACGGUGCCCUAUUUGUUUAAUGAUAGAGGAUCCUGACAAGGCAGACAUAAAAAACCAAAUAGGAUUUGGAAAAUUGGAGCAUAAACUAGAGACAAGACAAAACUUAGAAAUAGAAAACCAACAGUGUGGAUUUUUCUGAUUAAUUUUUAAUGUGAAAAGAUGGGACGAUGAAAGGCAAGCAGAAUUCUGGCCACAGGAUCAUGAAAAAAAGCUUAAUUAAGCCUCAAAAUUUCUUAGGUUUUGACUAAGCCAAUCACAGAUUUCAUCAUGAAAAGUGAUGUUAUACAUGAUUGGCUAAGUAAAAACUUUGGUCUUGGUGAAAAAUGAUGGUUUUAUUUUGAGCAAGGGGUACUGGUUAGGUUAAAUGUGGUAUGAAGGGAAUUAGGCAGGGUGAAAAAAUCAUCUCAGUAUCUGUACUUAAAUUGCAAGCUACUUCUAGGGAAACAUGAUUUAAGCUAAACGAGUGUGAAUGUUAUAGGAAUGAAAGUGAGUUGUCAGUUUCAUCAAAUAUGCAAUUAUUUAUUAUUUCAUCAUGAUUCAAGAGACAUUUUUGCACCAGCUGAACAAUGGAAUAAAUUGUCUCCCGUUUAUUUGAGGUGUCCCGUGUUUGGUGUUGUGUAGUAAAUCUUGUCCCAAUAUUUACGAUGACCUUUAAUUCUGUUCAGUCUCAUUUCAAACUAUUUAUACGCAAGACAUUUCCAUACCUCUUUAAAUUUCGUUUCCCCCUUGCACAAAAAAUAGCAAUGUAUCUUAAAAUGAAGUUUCUAAUGUAAACUUUCAUCAUUUCAUUGUCGUAAAAGAAAUUAUGGUAGCCUGAGCAUUAUCUUAAAUCUGUUUUCAUUCUCGAUACAAUUCAAAUUGACUUGUAUAAUGUUCAUAGGACCAGAAUGAAAUAGUGUGACUAGAGGGUCAUUCAGUACCUUGACGAAGGGCCAACAGACCAUUCUAGACUCAUGUUUACUUUAAUCUGAAGCACUAACGUUUCCUUGUCCUAACUAGGGGCCAAUGGAGAACCUACCUUAGUAAGGCAAUUGCAAGGAAGCAGUGACUCUAGUAUUCAUGUUGCGGAACUUGACCGGGUCAGUCAUCUGCGACCAGGUAGCUCAAUUGGUAGAGCAUCCGGCUGGUGUUCGGAGGUUCCUGGUUCGAAACCCUGUCUGGCCAUGCAUUUUCCCACUCCUCUCAUAUCAAUACUUUGGAACAGCAGGGCCACAAUAUACCCAACUUAACUGUGUGACCUUUGACAUAUCUUAUAUCCAUAAUUUGAUUAGUAGGGUCAUUCUAGGCCCCUUUCACCUUUGUAUGUCCUGAAAAGCAAAAUGUUGGCUAGCAGAGCAUUUUUACCCCUUUCUUUAGUACGCUCUGAGGGGUCCAUCUAGGCCGAUAAUCUGGGUCAAAUCAGUAGGGCAAUUAUAGGCCUUUCAACCUUCGUCUAUCCAACACUUGAUCCUUAAUUUGAAGUUUGUUAUGAAUAUAUUAUUCAUUAACCCCAAGAAAUCUACUAACACAAUACAAAUAUGCAAAUUACGUUUGUUGUGAAUUUAUUUACACUCAGCUUUAAAUUUUUGCUUUGAAAUGUUAAUUGUUGUUAGAACUUGUUAUAGUGCAGUGUAUUGAACUUUCACAAUGAAGUAUGGCGGGUGCUGAGGUGUGAAGUCGUUAAUUAAACAUGAUCGUUAAUUAAACAUUCCAGCGACCUCACAUGUCCAUUUGUGUGACUGAGGAUCCUACAUCUAUAUCUAACAGGGUUGUCUGCCCUUGUCAGUAGUCUAAGGUUAGUGACAUACUUCACUGAUUGUAUUGUUUAAUCAAAAUGAACAAAAUAUUUGUUCUUAAAUAUUGUAAAUUUUGAAAACUGUCCUCACAAAUAUCUGUGUUACACAUGUUAAUUAUUACUUAGUUUUUGUCAUUUUUAAUUCUGGUAAUCAGUCACUGACUGUACAAACUCAGGCCAGCUACGCUGACCAACUCUGACCAGUCUCACUGACCACACGAACUCAGGCAAGCAAGCUGACCAACUCUGACCAAUCUCACUGACCACACAUAUUCAGGCCAGCAAUGCUGACCAACUCUGACCAAUCUCACUGACCACACAUAUUCAGGCAAGCAAGCUGACCAACUCUGACCAAUCUCACCGACCACACAUAUUCAGGCCAGCAAUGCUGACCAACUCUGACCAAUCUCACUGACCACACAAACUCAGGCAAUCAAGCUGACCCACUCUGACCAAUCUCACUGACAGCCCAAACUCGGACCAUGAUUUUUCAUUCCAGCAAUAGGUCAUGUUGACCUUGAUCUCUCCUUGGAAAUCUUUCCAAGUUCUGACGUUAUUGUUGUAUAUUUUAAGUUUUAUUUUCUUGUUACUGUUGUUGUGAUAUAAGUUGUUAAUUCUAUUUUUAUUUAAUUAGUAACAAUUUGUAAAUUAUUAAGCAUAAUAUUCCUCAUGUACUUCAAUAUAUAUAUUACAUUAAUACUGUAUUACAUUACGAUAAAUAUGUUGCAGUAUAACAAAUACAUAAUAUGUUAUACAUUGUAUAAUAUACAUAAUAUGUUAAACAUUGUAUAAUAUACAUAAUGUUAUACACUGUAUAAUAUACAUAAUAUGUUAUGCAUUGUAUAACUAUAUAUUAUGUUUAUUGUUAUAUUACAUUACAUAUAGUAUAUUAAUGUAUAACAAUACACUGCCAAGCAGUUACUUUCCUAUACACUUUGUUUAUACAAUGUCCUGUUAUAUAUACUGGCAUACUCGAUCGCUGUGUUAAGCGUAAAAAGCUUUUGACUGUAUAAAGGUAGUCGUUGAAGACUAGUGUUAGACAAUUGAUGAUGUUAAUGAUGAUCGUUAUACGUAUACCUAUAUCCGAUGUUCAUGCUUCUUUAAAUCUAUGGCCACAACUGGUCGCAGUAGGGACUAGCUACUACAAUAGUUCUGUUUUAGUGCAAAACAUUUUAUUAACACUUCUGUACAUCAAAAUCUUAUACUACUAUUUCUACAUCAGUACAGACAGGUGUAUGACCCUGUGUACCAGUACAAACAAUUUUAAAAUCUGACAUAGGCCAUGUGAGGGUGUUGUGGCCAGAAUGUCCUCGUGGUUGAGUGACGAUGCUGAACCAGGCCAAUCAUAGUGGGCAGACCAGUCGACUGAGUCUCAUUUGGACUGGCAGCCUACCACAACAGGCUGUCUUGGCCAGGUAGACUGGUAUGACAGUGAACCAGCAUUGGCCCAUUGUGGUUGGGUGAACCAGCACACGGGCGUCAUAGCUGAGUGAACUGGUAUCAUGGUUCAACCAGCACUGGUCAAUCAUGGCUGAGUGAACCGAUACCAUGGUUGAACCAGCACCAUUGCAACGUGGCUGAGUGAACCAGUACCACGGUUGAACCAGCACUGGUCUAUCAUUGCUGCAUGAACCUGUACCAUGGUUGAACCAGCACUGGUCCAACAUGGCUGCAUGAACCGGUACCACGGUUGAACCAGCACCAGUGCAACGUGGCUGGAUAAACUAACACUAGGCCAUUAUGGCUGGGUGAACCAGCACCAGGCCGUCAAGGGUUGGGUGAACCGGUACCAUGGUUGAACCAGCACCAGGCCGAAAUUACUGGGCGGACUGGUACCAUGGGUGACCCUACACCAAGCCAUCAUGGCUCAUUGGACCGUACAAGGCCAUCAUGGCUUGGCAGACAGAUAUCCUGUGUGAACCAGCAGAACCAUGAGUGAAGUUGCUCUGGGCCGUCAUGGCUAGGGUAUGAAGUAGUACCAGACUACUGGUACAUUGGUUUUAAUUUAAUUCCUGUUUUUUUAAUAAACUGUACCUCUGGAAUUUUGUUACAUAAAUUGGUAUAUAUAUAUACAUGUAUGUAUUAAACACGGAGAAGUAUUCAAAUUUCAUUUUUUAGUGAAAAAGAAAAUGAAAAACACAAUAUGUAAUUCAGUUCCAACAAUCUGACAAAUUGUACAGCUACACCAGAACCUGUCCUAUCCGACACCUCUAUUCCACCAUAUCUCUCAGGUCGUUAGUCCUUUAAUCACUGUCCAAUCCAAACAUUUCAAUAGUCCACGAUAUGUGUAACUAUUGAGAACCUUAUUAAACCUGUGUAAUAUGACACAGUGCCUACAAUGACCAGAUCUCGAGUCCAACAGGUGUCAGUUAAGACAAGUUAAGGUGUGUUGCGAAUUUGUCUGGUCGUAUUCUCGUCUCAAUAUGUACUUCCUUAUUGUGUUUUGUGUACCAUGUCACUGACGUGAUGAUAAAUUUUACAGGACAUUCUGUCGGUAGAAUAGCCUUUAUCCCAGCCUGACUAGCCAAAAACUUCUCAACUUUAAAUCUACUUUGAAACUAUAGUCCAUGAAAGUUCUCAAACAUUUUCGCUUUCAGGAUUCUACUCGAUACUUUUAGGCUUUCACUUCACAUUUAAGUGAAGUUAAUGCAAGAAUUUCCAUCUAUCAAAAACACUUACAAUUUCCAAUUCCAAUUUUUUUUUUUUUUUUUAAUUACAUGUGUAUAUAUAAAUGUACAUUCACCUCUAAAGACGGAACAAAAUCAUGGAGAUGGUUGACUAGUCAGGCUGGGGUCAGGGCGACUUUGAAAUGUACAUAAAAUGCUAGUAUAUGAAAAUGCUCAUGUUAAUUGUGAUGACUCGUUGAUUUGUAGUUAGAUCCAACUCACUACAUGCAUAGGUUACGCUCGGUUAAUUUGGAAGCUAUCUCGAAACUUUUUUCACCCACUCCUCUUGGUCAGAAACUUGGUACAAGGUCAAACAAGACUUAAACAUAACAAUUUGGGAUUCGUCUUCCAGAUAGCUUCUAAUUUAUGUGACAUUUUAGAACCGUACUUGUUGAUUGAAUAAAGGAUUUAAAUCAAAA